AUGUCAGUAGUCCAGAUAGCAUAUAAGUUCGCGAGCUUUAGGGAAAAAGUAGAACCGGGCAAAAAUUUGAACGAUGUUCUACCCAGAAGUUUGAAGCACUUCAAGCUCAGCACGGAAAAUAAGUCGUGGGCCCUUUACCACGCUGAAAAACAGUUGCCACUGACUGUUCCAUUGCGACUUUUAAACCUUGCCGCUGGAGCAACUCUGGAGUUGAAAGAAUUGAAACAGACAGGAACUCCAGAGCAAAUUUUGAAACUCAAGUUCACGGUGCUAGGACGUGGCGCAGAAGUAUGGACAGGUCCGUCAUCAACCAAAAUCAUCGAUGCAAUUCAGGUCAUAUUUGAACGCAAGUCAUGGCCCUUAACAUUAAACGACAUGAGAUUACAGUGUUUUUCAAAAGUUUACAAUCUCGAACAGAUAAAUCAGUCUACGUUUGCUGAGCUCGGAAUCCUCGAAAACGUCGCGCUUAGACUAUCUUUCGCUUCGAAACUCGAAGAACCUAGGAAACAGCCAAGGAUGCCCGAACCAAGAAGUACACCUCCCGUUCGAGAGAAAGUGAAGGCCGAAGAUUAUGUGGAAAAGCCGGUAGAGGCUCAAGGCGAUGAUCAAUCGAUAGCUGCUUAUAUUCCAGAUUCAGACGUAUCUUUAGCCUCCUACAAAGAUCAGGAGGAACAAGACUUUGAGGUAACAGUAAAUCAUUUUAAGAGGUACCAAAAAAUGCUAUCCAAAAGUACCGGAAGCGACCAACCGUUGUUGACCAAACGACUGCGAGAGAAAGAGAGUGCAAGCAAAAAGAUAGACAACUGCAACGUUCGAGUACGCUUUCCGGAUCGUACCUGUGUGGACAUUAACUUCAAACCAGAUGAUACCAUUCGCUUAGUUUAUGAAGCCGUAACGAGGUGUUUGGAUGACAGAACCAUUCCCUUUGCAUUAUUCCACUCACAUCCACACAAAGAGAUACAAAAUGGCGAUUUGAAACUAGUCGAGAACUUGAAAUUUGGUUCUAAGACUCUUUUGGUGCUAGAAAGCGCUCACAACGGCGUGAAACUCAGAUCUGACUUGAUCGAAAAGGCGAAGACUUUCGCAUCUCUUCGCGAUCUAGAUGACAGCAUGAAACAAACCAUAGAAAGUCCUGCACCGAAAGGCAUAGAUAAAAAGGCUGGUAACAGUUUGCGCUCUGGGCAAACGCCAAAGUGGCUCAAGCUAGGCAAAAAAUAG